AUGGAGGGCGUGCAGACUGCAGCCAGGCACCGGGCCGAAGACAUCACCAAAGAGUGGUUGGAGCUCAAGGCCCAUGUUGGUGGGAAACAGCCGGAGGUGGUCCGGCGAGACCGUUCCUCUGAGGUCAUCGUCAACCUCACGGCCGCAACGGCGCUCCUUCCAGAGGCAAGGUCAAGAUGGCUAUGCCGAGCGCUGGAGACCGUUGCGACGGGGCAGACACGCCCAAGUGAUCUCUUCGACAUUUGCAGCCAUUCUCGCUUUGCGGAAGGAGUUCCCUCGUCGAUUGCUGCUCAGAUGCUGGAGGACUUGCGCCAGCAGGCAAGCCUGUUCCCGGAGAAGCUGAGGAAGGCUAUCUUGGAGGAGGAGAUGCCUUUGGGCGAGAGAAAGAGAAGCGCCGUGCAGCGCGCGCAGGCGCAACACAAGGUCAAUCCAGCAGCGGAGGAGAUGCUCUCCAGGUGCAUCGACUUCGUCCGCCAGAACGAAUCUGCUAUCCAGGCGGUGCACGCACUGGAGUCGAGAACGUACCAGGUAGACCUCUCCCGAGCUUCCCUGCAGCAAGUCUGGGGCAUCACCUGGUCCCGCCCGGCAUUCGAGCAGCAGCGGCGAGUUGUUCAAAGCGUCGUGUCUGGAAGUCCUGCUGACAGGUGGAACCAGGAGCAGAAGAGAUCUGGAGGGAGGACUCUCCAAGCCGGGGAUGUGUUAGUCGCCGUCAAUGGCAAGAAGACCUGGGAGGAAAUGGCCACGUUCAAAGACUUGUUAGAGGCACGACUGAUCCUCGUUCGAGAGUCUGAGGAGCCUCAAGAGGAUGAGAAGGAGAAAUCAGGUCAAGCCCCGACCGCUGCUGCAGCGGGCCUGGCACCACCUCCGUUUGCUUCUGGAGACUACAUCCUGGACUCGUCUGGCAGUGGUUGGUGGGGCCAUCCGAGUGGCGAUUGGCUGUUCAACAAGUCCGAGGGCAUCUACUUCCACUCCGCAAGCACGAAGCUCUUCAUGGAGGAUCCACGAGCACCCGGCCAGUUUCUGCCCGUCGGAGGCGACACGGCCGACCUCGGGGCACCUUCCCGGCUGCGCGGACGCGUUCGCUGGUUCUCUGGCAGCAAGGGCUUUGGUUUCCUUGCGCCCUGGCCGAAGAGCCCAGAUGCACCACCAGGUGUGAGCGAAGACGUCUUCCUGCAUCGAAGCCAACUCCUUCCACCAGAAACAGACGAAGGAGGCGCGGCUUUGCCACGGCUGCCACUGUUGCCCGGAGCUCCGGUCGAGUUUGACCUGGGCAUGCAGGAUGGCAAGCCCAGCGCAGUCGGCGCGCGACAGCGACUGGACCUUCACGGCCUUUGCCGUGCUGGUUUCGCUGGCAUGUCUUGCACGCGGCAGGUGGAGCCAGCACCCAUCAACUUGAAGGCAGAAUCUGGUCAUUCCUUGGUGGGCUGCUUUGCCGGGCUGGUGACAGGCCGACAUGGCAUGGGAGGUGCAGAGUUCGUGGCUUUGAACUUGGCCAAGGACCUCGGCACGAGCUUCCAAGGCCGAGAACAAGGCGGACGACGUGGAGCAAAGGCAGCUAUGCUUGCAGGGUUCCAAAGGACCCAGCACGGCUUCCUGCAGUAUGCCCAGCGGUUGAGCGACAAUUCUGCGAAGCUCUGGCUGUCAGCAGAAACGAGUGCCUGCUGCGUGUUGGUAUUCGGUCCCGACAAGAACGGCACGGCUGCAGCGGUGCUCGGCGACGCCGGGUCCGGCGGCCGGGGGCUGGUCGUGGCUCGGGACGGCCAAAUCACUUCACGUCUAGGCGCUGGAGGGCCUGGCGGUGAGGAGAAGCCUGCACAGGACAGCUUGAAGGUCUUCGAGCACGGCCUGAAAGGUCCGUCCAUCAACUUCCCCGCCAUGCCAGGGGCCCGUGGGCCUGCGCCUAAAGGCUUCGGCACGCAUGCCUACAGCGAAAAGGGUGGGUUGGCGGCUGGACUGGCGGUGACAUUGGAUGUCUGUCAGCUGGACUGGGCAAACGAUGCUCUGAUCAUACUGGCAUCCGACUCCUUCUGGGCGAUUGCAGAGGAGGAGAAGGCUGCCAAGUCCGCCCUGGCAGCUGUUGUCGCGCAUCAAUCUCCGGAACAGGCGCUGAUGCAGGAUGUUCAGGCCAUGCGGCGUGGUGCCAAAGCAGAUGAUCUGGCGGUAACUGUCCUGCGCUUCACCUGGGUGGACCUCGCUGAUGGUGGCAAGACAAGUGAUGAGGACUUGAAAUCGCGGCUGGGGUCUUCGGCAGACGCCCCGCUCUUGGCCUUGUUGGAGAAGUGGGGCAUCACCUCCCUGAAGCAGCUGUCCUGGACGAGCCCGGAGCGCUUGGGCAAAGCCAUCGAUUCCCUUCCCUUCGGCUCCGGUGGGCCUUCCGAAGGGCAUCUGGCGGAUCUUCGGGCCUUGAAUGUGGAGCUUUGGGAGGCUCGGAGGGCGGGGGAAGAGAAGGCUCCUGCUCCGAAGAAUCCGAAGCGGCUGGGUGUCUUGGAGGCCGCUGCUGGCUUCAAGACCAUAUCUAUAGCCUCUCGCUCCACGGUGGAUGAAGAAGCAACCCGUGUGGACCUUGAGGCUCGCAAAGCAGCGCUGCUCAUGAUGGGCGAUAACGGCCGCUUGCUGCGGGAGAAGCUGCACCAGCAUUUCCAAAGCGUCAGCACCCAUGCCUUCUCCACGAUGCUCUCGCAUUUGCCUAUUCACUGUCUGAGUUUGGCGAAGGAGCAGGCUCGCCACGAAUCGUGGUCCCAUCUCUUGACGGAUGACGUCCUUCACACCUCUCUCCUGCGUCAAGAUUGGUCCAUCCGAUCGGCGUUCAUGAGCGGCCACAUUCCACCGACGAAUCUGGUGCCAAUCUAUGGGGCCGAGGACGGGAUGCUCCGCACGUCGCUCCUCACUGAGAGAAGCCUGUCCUGCACGGAGCAGUCGCAUCCUCGAGUCGAGCCACUGCACGACAAUGCGCCUAUGGCCACCUUGCGGAUGCCCGCUGAACCAGGCAGCUCCUCUUUGAUGCCGAACCUCCGUGGCUUCAAGCUGGUCUUCGACCUGUUUACGAAGGGCAUCUUGCGAGGUGUCUUCGACCUUCCACAAACACCCGGGCAGAAACUCUUCGUUGCCGGCGGGGCCGUGCUCGCGUGUGCACAACUUUGGCAGCACCCGAAGUUACAGCCCUUGUACAAAAUCGUGGCUUCGGAGGUAGCCUGCUUCUUGUUGCUCAAGAAGCUGCGCAUUGGCCAAUCACCUCAGGUCCUGCAGAACAUCAUGGAGUUCUUAGCAGCAGGCGAGGAUGCCAUAGAUGCGGCCAGCACGCCUGCAGAUCAGCUUUGGCUGCCGGGAGGAAGUACGGGCAACAAGGAGUCAUGGGGCUUUGCGUCCUCCGACAUUGACGUAUUUAUCUGCUGCGAGACGGAAGACGAAGGCAAGCAGUUGCUUAGGCAGACGGUUCAUACCAUCUGCAAGAACAUCACGGAGAUGCGCAGGAAGCAAGUGGAGAAGAGAGCCAGGCGACGGCACCGGCCAGAUUACCAACUCGGGGUAAACAGCUCAGGCUACUCUCGGGACAUCCGCCUGCUGCGAUCAGCCAACGCCCUGAGCAUUUGGGGAGGAUGGCCGUUUCGAACUGUGCAGGUCAUGGUCAUUCUCUACAAGCGGAUGGACGAGGUUCUGAAUUUCUUCGACCUGGAUUGCAUCAGCAUGGGCUUCGAUGGUCAGAACAUUCUUGCUUUGCCAAGGACACUUCGUUCUCUUCAGACAGGAUACAACUUCGUGGAGCCAGCGAAACUGCGCAGAUGGUCUACGGGACCACGGAUUGUAAAGUACAAGAGCCGGGGCUUUGGCACGGUCUUCUUCGAGAUCUGCAAGCAUCACCCUCGCUGCGAUCUGCCCAGUACCUUGGACGAGGAGACCGCUCGGCGCAUUGCAGCAUUGAAUGGCUUCGUAUCCGCCAGCCAGGAUCUUGGCUAUGGUGAGGUGGAGCUACCCUUUGUGCAGCGCAUGCUCCUAGGGAUGCACUUGGACCAGUACAUGGAGCAGCACGAGGAUCGGAGGAAGUCGAUUCGGCAAAGCAUCGACCUCCAGUCCAAGGGCCUUUGGAAUCUCCCGGACAGCGACUUGGUGGCCGGCAAGUACCGCUACAUCUCAGGAGAUGAGUCCGCCUCGGAAAGCUCCAUCGAAACCCUUCUGAAUGUAAACAUGGAGAGGGACGGGCUCCCGGGCCUUCGCUGGAAGAACGUGGACCUUUGGGAGAGUCGCCGCGGGAACGAGUUCUUACCUCGCUGCUACAUGUGCCGCGAGCGCAUCGAUCCCUCGGCGACCCUGGCAGAACGACCCCGGCUCUGUGGUGCCUGCGAGGCUCUGAGCCGCCAGAAGCUGGCGCAAGAAGCCGACCUCACCGGAAAGAAGGCGAUCGUGACCGGAGGCCGCGUGAACAUCGGUUACGCGACGGCCCUGAAGCUGCUUCGCAUGGGCUGCGAGGUAGCCGUGACCACUCGCUUUCCAAGGGACUGCCUGAGACGAUACAGCCAAGAGAAAGACUCUAGCUCCUGGCUGCCGCGACUCUGGGUAUAUGGGGCCGACUUUCGGAAUGUGCCGACGGUCGCUCAAUUGGGAAAGCAUCUUGCCAAGACUUUUCCGAAGCUGGAUAUCCUCAUCAACAAUGCUGCUCAAACUGUGAAGCGUCCGGCUGCUCACUACAAGUCUCUCAUCGAGGCAGAGCAGACACCCUUGGACGCCCAGCUCGAGGGCCGGCUACGGCAGUUGUCGAGCGGCACGCCCGACCUGAAGUACCUCAUCGAGGGCGAGGCCACAGAAACCGCACCGGCUCAGGUCUCCGAUGUUCAGCUGCCAGUCCCGGAGUCAAAGGAUCUGCGGGCAGAGACCAGCUGGACUGCGAAGAUUGGUGAGGUUUCAUGGGUGGAGAGCGUGGAGGUGCAAGUGAUCAACGUCACGGCACCGUUUGUGCUGCUGAGCGAGCUCAAGUCUUCCUUGCUGCCGAAGGAGGUAGACACCGAGACGAAGGAGAGCCAGAACCCAAAUUCUCGCCGUCGCCCGCUUGUGCUAGACCACCCACGCGACCUUCUGAGCACGGCGGACAACCCUCGUGAUAGGUUGCCAACAAGUGCCCUUCGAGGUUACAUGCAUGUGGGAUCACACAUUCUGGAAAAGCGUCGGCAACUGAUAAAGGAUGUUCGCUUCGUAGUGAAUGUCUCCUCGCAAGAGGGGUCUUUCCGAGCACUCGGAUCCAAAGGCGCCAAUCAUCCCCACACCAACAUGGCCAAAGCCUCGCUGAACAUGAUGACUUGCUCUGUCGCUGACGAAUUCAGCCGUGCCGGCGUGGCCGUCGUCUCGGUGGACACCGGCUGGAUUUCAAGGAUGAAGCCCGAGCCGCUGGCGGAGGCCGAGCCGCAUGUGCAGAGUGCGCCGCCCCUCAGCGCCGAGGAUGGAGCAGCUCGCGUUCUGGACCCAGUCAUCUCUACGAUGAAUGGCCAGCAGCCAGUCAUCCCCCGCCCAGCCAAGCGGAGGCGGAAGAACGCAAAGCCAAGAGUGGUCCAGGAGGUCGACGACAUCUUCGCGCAGCCCGGGGAUGGCGAGGGCCAGGACGCGUCCGAAGAGGAGGAAGAGGAAGAGGAAGCGGAAGAGGAUGAAUCGGAAGAGGAGGCCAGAGCUGCCGCUCUGCCGACCGAGUGCAUUCGUGUGGGAUCCGGUGAGCUGGAGGAGGUCGCAAGCGAGCGAGCGACGGAUCCACAACCUGCAGCAGAGGACGAGAGCGCAUCCCAUGUGGACGCUGCACCAGUGCCCAGUGAGGUCACUCACGAUGCGAUGGACGACAUCUUUUCGGAGUUCUGUACUGAGAUUGAGAAGCUGCAUUGA